GCCCUCGUUGGGCAACCUCGUCUCGACCCUUCCACUUUGCCAUGUCUACUCAGGAUGUCGACGCUCUCUUCCCCGCCCCUGCACCUCCUCCAUCCCUUCUCGCGCCUCGUCGGAUCCCCAACUCGGGACCUGAGUGCACGGCUUCACUGGUCAAGAUGUUGAGGGACAACCACGAAAAACACCAUGUCUUCUUUAAUGAGCACAGGUUCCAUAAUCAUGCGGCCCACCACCUCAUCUGUAUCUGGGCUCUAGGCGCCAGCGGACCCUCAAUCGAGUCCGCAUACAACGACGCCCACAUGGACCACAUGAAGGUCCAGUUCAAGCCUCCGCAGGAGAUCACAGACGCCAACUUCGUCGAGCAUCUCGGUGAUGAAAACUUCUACAAUGGAUACCUCAGAUACUUCCACAACCUGGUCCUGCACAAGUCGGCUUCCGAGCUGCUCGAGGAGUACAUAUUCUCCGAGAAGUACAACGUCGACCCCGCUCGUAAGGCCAAGGGCGAAAAGCAGCCUGAGAUGCUGGAUCGAUUCGUCGAGAUCAUCUUGCACCCUUUGAUUCACACCGGAUAUGGUGUUGAGUUCGGACUGCCUGGUACACUGGCUGAAGGUUUGGCUCAGACGUGCAUACAUCCAGUUGGAGCUACAACACCCGUCACGCAGCUGCUCUUCGGAUCUAAACCCCAAGGUCAUCCGAAGGUCCACCCCUUCUCCAUCUUAGCGAAGAUGCUCAAGGACCCGCGCUUCGAGGAUAGGAUUAUCGACAAGUACGAAUACUCGGAUAUGCUUGAGAAACGUGGUGCCAUUAUCGUCGAGUAUGCAGCUCAAUGGGUCGUCGACAUCCAGAGCCAGCAAGACUACGAGUUCUACCUCGAGCAGCUCAUCUGGACCGUGACCUUGAUCUACGGCCUCGGCAGCUGGAGCGAGAAGGAGCCGUACACUUCUGAUUUCUUCACGAUGCACACGGUCACCUCGGCCCUCUUCCUCCCCUCCAUCUGCGCCAAAGUCUGCCACAGAUCCCAGUCCCUGCUCCUCCGUGCCCAUUUCAUCACCUCCCUCUGCUGGUGGAUCAUACGCGGGCGCCCCUCGUUCCCCAUCGAGCGCUUCAGCGCCCUCACGCAGACCUACCCCAAGCUCCCGGGCCCGCACCCCACCCCGGACGUCGACGCCAUCCCAUCCCAGUCGUCGCCCUAUGCCCUCGUGCCCAACGCGUGGAUGCCGAUCCUGCAGAGCACACUCGUGCACUCGAACGAGCACCUGUGCAAGGUGCAGCGCGCGCUCGCGCACUUUGCGGAGCUGUACGGCCACCGGCCCGCGGGCUACUUCGCGGGCACGGGGCUGGAGCAGGCGGAGAAGCUCGAUGGGUCGGUGUUUGUCCGCGUCGCUAUUCUUACGGGCGAUUCGCUGGGCUGGGCGAGGGAGGGGCAGCCGAAUUCGGGGAUUUGGAACUGGCAGGAGUUUGAGAGGGCUGCUAUUGAGUCGGAGAGGGUGGGCGCGGAGUGGGAGGCGGAGAAGGAGAGGUUGAAGGCGGCCAAGGUCUAGAUGUUUUUUCUUCGCCUGUUCGUGGUUCGUCGGCUUGUAGUUCUGAAAGAUUGUAUACUAGAUGGAGACGCUCCGAGCAUC